AUGGGAAUUUUAUUACCACGCGAAGCAAAGAAGACUAAGAAGUCGAAGAAAGAUGAGCCUACCUCUCCUGAGAAGAAAGCGAAGGGCUCAACCUCAUCCAAAUCCACAAAGCAGAAGCCAUUAAAUGUUGUUGUGAUAGUCCAAGCAACGAAAGUGAUUACGACAGUAGUGGAAGAGUCACAAGAAAAUGUGGUUAUUCCUUCGAAAACAGGGAUGUUUCAAAGAAUAAAGAUGAAAUCCAAGCAUAAACGCAAGUCUUCGUCUCAGAAACUGCUUCGUAAACCUCAACUUUCUCAUCAAGGAGUAAUGUUUCGUGAGGUUCCUGUUCCUGUUUCUCCCGCAUCCAAGAAACGAGCAGCCGAAGAUAUGGCGAAACCUUUAUCCCAACCAAAGAAGAAGAAGAUGAAGAAGGCUCGAAAGAUUGUUUCCUCAAGUGAGUCUACUGAAGAGGAUAAACGAGUACCAGAAACUCCAAAAGUCACCUCUAUUCUUACAAGCUCAACUCCAGAGACCAGUGUCAUAUUCACCCCUGAAGUUUCAAUUGCCAAAUCAGGUAUGUUAAAGGCUUCGAAGAUAGUGAUUAUGGAGAAGGUUGAUUAUUCAGAUCAAACAAAUGAGCUUCGUCUUACAAGUCAAAGAUAUGAUUUUCUGGGAGAAGUGAAAGAUCUACGAAGCGUAUCAAAAGAACGACAUGUUCUUUUUGUUCAGGAGGUUAAGAUGGUAAAAGAGGAUGUGAAUUUGAAAAUCCAAGAGCUUCAUGAAGAAAUGAACAAAGAAAUUGUAUCUGUUCAAUAUGAUUAUGCAUCCUUACGUCAGAAGGUCGAUAUCAUAUGUGAUGCAGUGACUAAAUUUGUUAAAAUGUACGAAGGUUUGAGUCCAUAA